ACUAGUUCAGGGGUGCAGCAAUAAAGAACAGACCCUGUGUCGCUGUGAUGCAACUUCACGGGUAACUUGUGCGAGACGUGUUCGUGUAUACUAGUGCACGUGUAUAUAUCCGAAAAUGGCUGCUGCCUUCAGGAUCAAGCACGCUAUUAGAUUAGGAAGAUCUCUCUCGAGAUCGUUAAACAGGAAUUUGCAAGAGAAGUUAGUACAGUCACAAUGCCAACGACUACCAGUCAUCUACAAUCAUGUACGACAUUGGUCAUCUCAACCAGAAGUUCAAGCUACCGAGUACCAUAAUAUUAUAAAAGACACAGAGAAAGCAACAGGCGAGAGUGCCAAGCAUGAGUUUCAGUCGGAGACGCAAAUGUUACUGCAAAUCGUUGCAAAGUCUUUAUAUUCAGACAAGGAGGUAUUUGUACGCGAGCUUGUUUCAAACGCCAGCGACGCACUGGAGAAAUUGCGCUACCUACGUCUAGGCGACAAUGGAGUCGCACAAGCGGCUGGCGACAGAAGUCUGGAGAUACACAUCGGCACUGACAAACAAAGUCGUACUCUGACAAUCCAAGAUACCGGCGUGGGAAUGACUAGAGAGGAACUGAUAUCCAAUUUGGGAACUAUAGCUCGAUCUGGCUCCAAGGCAUUUCUAGAAAAAUUGAAGGAACAAAGUUCCAGUGACACUUCCAAAAUUAUCGGACAGUUUGGAGUUGGAUUUUAUAGUGCCUUCAUGGUCGCUGAUAAGGUAGAAGUGUUCACAAAGUCGUUUGCGGUAGACGCGGAAGGUCUGUGCUGGACUUCAGACGGAUCAGGCACAUUUGAGAUUUCAAACGCGGAUGGUGUGCAGCCAGGCACGAAAAUCGUUAUACAUUUGAAACCGGAUAGCCGAGAGUUCAGUGACGAAGAUACUAUUAAUCGUGUUAUUAACAAGUACAGUAACUUCGUUGGCAGUCCCAUUUUUGUGAAUGGAAAGAGAACCAAUACAAUCCAGCCGUUGUGGAUGUUUGACCCGAAAGAUGUCACGCCGCUGCAACACGCGGAAUUUUAUCGAUUCGUAGGAAAUUGUAUUGAUUCGCCACGAUUUGUACUACAUUAUUCGACGGAUGUGCCGUUGAGUAUCAAGGCUCUAUUAUAUUUCCCAGAGGAAAAGCCCGGGUUGUUCGAUCUGGCAAGGGACACUACUAGUGGAGUGUCGCUCUACAACCGGAAGAUUCUAAUUAAAAGCAAAGCGGAGAAUAUCUUACCGAAAUGGUUGCGUUUCAUUAAAGGCGUGGUCGACUCGGAAGAUAUACCACUGAAUUUGAGCCGCGAACUACUACAAAAUAGUACAUUGAUUGGAAAAUUACGAAACGUGUUGACUGCGCGUAUACUAAAAUUCCUACACGAGCGAUCUACGAAGCAGCCGGAAGACUACAAUGAAUUUUACAAAGCUUACGGUUUAUUUUUAAAAGAGGGCAUUAUAACUAGUUCGGAUCAGUCGGAAAAGGAAGAUAUUGGCAAGCUUCUGCGAUUUGAAUCUUCAGCUGCCGCUCCAGGGGAAUUGGUCAGCGUGCCGCAAUACUGCAGCCGUUUAGCAAAAGAUCAAAAGGAUAUAUAUUAUUUGUCGGCACCUAGCCGAACUCUAGCCGAGCAGUCGCCGUAUUAUGAAUCUUUGAAAAAACGAAAUAUUGAAGUGCUCUUCUGCUAUGAACCAUACGAUGAAUUAGUAUUGAUGCACUUGAAACAGUAUAAAUCGAACUUUUUGACGUCUGUGGAGAAGGAAAUGCGGGAUGAUACGGAAGCGAACAAGCCAGAAAAUUUAGGUAUCAUAAAUAAGGAUGAACUGGAUAAUCUUGUGAACUACAUGAAGAAGAUUCUGGACAAAAAGGCGUACGACGUUAAAAUGACGAAUCGUUUAGAAUCGCAUCCUUGCGUUGUAACCGUUCAGGAUAUGGCGAGUGCGAGGCACUUUAUUCGUAUGCAGAGCCAUCAAAUGAGCGAAGAGAUGCGAUACUCCAUGCUUCAACCGCGCUUCGAGAUAAAUCCAAAUCAUCCUCUCAUCAAAAAGUUAUGCAAGGUAACGACUACGGAUACCGAAUUAGCUGACCGUCUGAUAAAACAGUUGUUUGCCGGUGCAAUGGUUGGAGCUGGUCUUAUUGAAGAUCCGCGCAUAUUAUUGGCACCAAUGAAUGAAUUACUCACCUUGGCAUUGCAAAAAUAUUAAGAUAUAGAGAAAUGGAUUAUCGAUAUGAACAACUCGAUAUUGUUCUAUGAUUUAGAAAUAAAAGGAUAUUCUCUUUUAUAUAUAUAUAUAUAUACAUGUAGAUAAUAUUUUGUUCUCGAGUUCCAUAUCAUAGAACAUUAAAUGUCCCAAAGUGCCGUAUAAAAAAAA